AUGGACGCCUUCGACUACAACCCCAACCCCGGCCGUGUCGUCUUCGGCAGCGGCACACUACAGAAACUCCCCGAUGAGAUCGCCCGCCUGCAGGUAAAGGCCCCGCUGGUGCUGUCGACGCCCCAUCAGCUCGGCCAGGCGGAAACCGUCAAGGAUGUGCUCAAGGGCCAAGUCGCUGGUAUCUUCAGUGAGGCCACCAUGCACACACCUACCAAUGUCACCGAAAAGGCUCUCGAAUAUGCCAAGGCACAGGGAGCUGACUCCGUCAUCUCCAUUGGAGGUGGAAGUACCAUCGGUCUUGGAAAGGCGAUUAGUAUUCGUACUGGACUGCCUCACAUCUGCAUUCCGACAACUUAUGCCGGUAGUGAGAUGACCCCCAUUCUCGGCGAAACUGCCGAUGGAUUGAAGAAGACUCGCUCUGAUCCUAAGAUUUUGCCUGGGACUGUCAUUUAUGAUGUCGACUUGACAAUGACUCUGCCGGCGGCUAUGAGUGCCACCAGUGGUGUCAAUGCCAUUGCUCAUGCUGUUGAGGCUCUCUACGCUCGCAACACCAACCCAAUCAUCACCAUGAUGGCACUGGAAGGCACACGAGCACUCGCAUCAUCCCUGCCAGAGAUCGUCGAGAACCCAACCUCAAAAUCCGCCCGAUCAAAGGCUCUUUACGGCGCCUGGCUCUGCGGAACAUGCCUGGGCAGCGUUGGCAUGUCCAUCCACCACAAGCUGUGUCACACCCUCGGCGGCAGCUUCAAUCUCCCUCAUGCCGAGACCCACACCGCUGUCCUGCCGCAUGCCAUCUCUUACAAUGCGCCUAAAAUUCCCGAGGCCAUGAAGCAGCUUGCCGACGUUCUCCCGGAAAGCAAUGGCGACGCUAUCCACGGUUUGAAUGUGCUCUUGACUAAGCUUAAUGUCAAGCGUGGCGUGAAGGACUUCGGAAUGAAGGAGGAGGAUAUUGAUAAGGCGGCUGAUAUUGCGCUUUCCAAUGCUUACUGGAACCCUCGUCCGAUUGAGCAUGCGCCUAUUCGUGAAUUGCUGCGUAGGGUUUGGGCGGGUGAACCGGCUCGGGCUGAUCUGUAG